CUCGUGGCGGGCUCGAGGUGGAGGCCCUGAGCUCUGGGCAGCCAUGGACCUCGCGGCGGCAGCGGAGCCGGGCGCCGGCAGCCAACACUUGGAAGUCCGCGACGAGGUGGCCGAAAAGUGCCAGAAAUUGUUCCUAGACUUCUUGGAGGAGUUCCAGAACAGUGAUGGAGAAAUUAAGUAUUUGCAGUUAGCAGAGGAGCUGAUUCGUCCUGAGAGAAACACAUUGGUUGUAAGUUUUGUGGACCUGGAGCAGUUUAACCAGCAACUUUCCACCACCAUUCAAGAGGAGUUUUAUAGAGUUUACCCUUACCUGUGUCGGGCCUUAAAAACUUUCGUCAAAGACCGUAAAGAGAUCCCUCCUGCCAAGGAUUUUUACGUUGCGUUUCAAGACCUGCCUACCAGACACAAGAUUCGUGAACUCACCUCAUCCAGAAUUGGUUUACUCACUCGGAUAAGUGGGCAGGUGGUACGGACUCACCCAGUCCACCCAGAGCUGGUGAGCGGGACUUUCCUGUGCUUGGACUGUCAGACGGUGAUCAGGGAUGUGGAACAGCAGUUCAAAUACACGCAGCCCAAUAUCUGCAGAAACCCAGUUUGUGCCAACAGGAGGAGAUUCUUGCUGGAUACAAAUAAAUCAAGAUUUGUUGACUUUCAGAAGGUUCGCAUUCAAGAGACUCAAGCUGAGCUUCCUCGAGGGAGUAUACCCCGCAGUUUAGAAGUCAUCUUGAGGGCAGAGGCUGUAGAGUCAGCUCAAGCUGGUGACAAGUGUGACUUUACAGGGACACUGAUUGUUGUCCCUGAUGUCUCCAAGCUUAGCACACCAGGAGCACGUGCAGAAACUAAUUCCCGUGUCAGUGGUGUCGAUGGUUAUGAGACAGAAGGGAUUCGAGGACUCAGAGCUCUUGGUGUCAGGGACCUUUCUUACAGGCUGGUCUUUCUUGCUUGCUUUGUUGCACCAACAAACCCAAGGUUUGGAGGGAAGGAGCUCAGAGAUGAGGAGCAGACAGCUGAGAGCAUUAAGAACCAAAUGACGGUGAAGGAGUGGGAGAAAGUAUUUGAAAUGAGUCAAGAUAAAAACCUAUACCACAAUCUUUGCACCAGCUUGUUCCCUACUAUACAUGGCAAUGAUGAAGUGAAACGAGGUGUCCUGCUGAUGCUCUUUGGUGGUGUUCCAAAGACUACAGGGGAAGGGACCUCUCUUCGAGGGGACAUAAAUGUUUGUAUUGUUGGUGACCCGAGUACUGCUAAGAGCCAGUUUCUCAAGCACGUGGAAGAGUUCAGCCCCAGAGCCGUCUAUACCAGUGGCAAAGCAUCCAGCGCUGCUGGCUUAACAGCGGCUGUUGUGAGAGAUGAAGAAUCUCAUGAGUUUGUCAUUGAGGCUGGAGCUCUCAUGUUGGCUGACAAUGGGGUGUGUUGUAUCGAUGAAUUUGACAAGAUGGACAUGCGGGACCAAGUCGCUAUUCAUGAAGCUAUGGAACAGCAGACCAUCUCCAUCACUAAAGCAGGAGUAAAAGCUACUCUAAAUGCCAGAACAUCCAUUUUGGCAGCAGCAAACCCGAUCAGUGGACACUAUGACAGAUCAAAAUCAUUGAAACAGAACAUAAAUUUGUCGGCUCCAAUCAUGUCUCGAUUUGAUCUCUUCUUUAUCCUUGUGGAUGAAUGUAAUGAGGUUACAGAUUAUGCUAUUGCCAGGCGUAUAGUGGACUUGCAUUCAAGAAUUGAAGACUUCAUUGAUCGAGUCUAUUCCCUAGAUGACAUCAGGAGGUAUCUUCUCUUUGCAAGACAAUUUAAACCCAAGAUUUCCAAAGAAUCAGAGGAUUUCAUUGUGGAACAGUAUAAACGGCUCCGCCAGAGGGAUGGGUCUGGAGUAACCAAGUCUUCAUGGAGGAUCACAGUGCGGCAGCUUGAGAGUAUGAUCCGUCUGUCUGAAGCCAUGGCCCGGAUGCACUGUUGUGAUGAGGUCCAGCCAAAACACGUGAAGGAAGCUUUCCGAUUAUUGAAUAAGUCAAUCAUCCGUGUGGAAACCCCUGAUGUCAAUCUAGAUCAAGAAGAAGAAGAGACCCAGAUGGAGGUAGAUGAGGGUCCUGGUGCCAUAAAUGGUCAUGUUGAUAGCCCCGCUCCUGUGAACGGAAUCAAUGGCUACAGCGAAGCUGUCAAUCAAGAUGCUGUUCAGAAACCUUGCUUAAGAUUGGGCUUCUCCGAGUACUGUCGGAUCUCGAACCUUAUUGUGCUUCACCUCAGGAAGAUGGAAGAAGAAGAGGAUGAGUCGGCACUUAAGAGGAGUGAGCUUGUUAACUGGUACUUGAAGGAAAUUGAAUCAGAAAUAGAUUCUGAAGAGGAACUUAUAAAUAAAAAGAGAAUCAUCGAGAAAGUUAUUCAUCGACUCACACACUAUGAUCACGUUCUAAUUGAGCUCACCCAAGCUGGAUUGAAAGGCUCCACAGAGGGAAGUGAAAGCUAUGAAGAAGAUCCGUACUUGGUAGUCAACCCCAACUACUUGCUUCAAGACUGAAAUACAAUUACUGACCAGUGAUGGGAAACCACCAUGGCUCAAGCCUGGAUAUGCCUGCUAGGGAGAGAUGUGUCUUUGCAAGUGAUGCUUCAGGAUUUGCUUUGAGAAACAAGAACUGAUGGCCCUGUGUGUGUCACAAUUCUGUCCUAUGCUUUGAACCAACGAUAGGCUCUAGCACGUCCUUUAGUGUGCUGCUUGUCCUAAUAGAAUUGGAACCCAAUAAUGUAUGAUUUCUAUAGGACUUGUUUUCAAGUAGAAGAAGAGGCCCAUGUUAUAUAUACUAUCUUACUGAAGAAGUAACUUUUUCAAUUGCCAACUACUGCUUUUAUUCAUCAAAAUAAAAUAACUUGCUUGA